ACUGCCGCAGCCGGGGGUGGGGGUGGGGGUGGGGGAUGCUGGCCGAGGGUGGUGCCAGCCUCCAGCUCCCAGCCCAGACAGCGGUGACGCCGCCUCUCGCCCCGGCUCUCCUUCCCCAGAAGCUGCUGAUUCAUCCACGCCCGAGUCGCCGGGACUCUCGGCUCUGCUGGUGCAGGCGUUGGGCCUGCUGGGCUGUGUCCUUGAGCCCUGUCCCCUGGCUGGCCGUGGGGGCGGGGGGAGGAUGGGGGUGCUUUAAGGAUGACCGCAUCGUCUUCUGGACUUGGAUGUUCUCUACCUACUUCAUGGAGAAAUGGGCGCCGCGGCAGGAUGACAUGCUCUUCUACGUGCGCCGGAAGCUGGCCUACCCGGGCGGCGAGGGCAGCGUGGACGGGAGGAAGAUGGCCGAGGCCGAACCCGAGGUGGAGGUGGAGGUGUACCGGCGGGACUCCAAGAAGCUGCCGGGCCUCGGUGACCCUGACAUUGACUGGGAGGAGAGCGUCUGCCUGAAUCUCAUCCUGCAGAAGCUGGAUUACAUGGUGACAUGUGCCGUGUGCACGCGCACUGAUGGCGGGGACAUCCACAUCCAUAAGAAGAAAUCCCAGCAAGUGUUUGCGUCCCCCAGUAAACACCCCAUGGACAGCAAGGGGGAAGAGUCCAAGAUCAGCUACCCUAACAUCUUCUUCAUGAUCGACAGCUUUGAGGAGGUGUUCAGUGACAUGACGGUGGGGGAAGGAGAGAUGGUCUGUGUGGAGCUGGUGGCCAGUGACAAAACCAACAUGUUCCAGGGGGUCAUUUUUCAGGGCUCCAUCCGCUACGAGGCACUGAAGAAGGUGUACGACAACCGAGUGAGUGUGGCCGCCCGCAUGGCACAGAAGAUGUCGUUCGGCUUCUACAAGUACAACAACAUGGAGUUUGUGCGCAUGAAGGGGCCGCAGGGCAAGGGACACGCUGAGAUGGCAGUCAGCCGUGUGUCUACUGGUGACACGUCCCCCUGCGGGACUGAAGAGGAUUCCAGCCCGGCCUCACCCAUGCAUGAGCGGGUGACCUCCUUCAGCACACCGCCCACCCCGGAGCGCAACAACCGGCCCGCCUUCUUCUCCCCUUCCCUCAAGAGGAAGGUGCCCCGCAACCGGAUCGCCGAGAUGAAGAAGUCUCACUCGGCCAACGACAGCGAGGAGUUCUUCCGCGAGGACAACGGUGGGGCGGAUCUGCACAACGCCACCAACCUGCGCUCUCGGUCCCUGUCUGGCACGGGGCGGUCACUCGUCGGGUCCUGGCUGAAGCUGAACAGAGCAGAUGGAAAUUUCCUUCUUUAUGCACACUUGACCUACGUCACUUUGCCGCUGCAUCGGAUUUUAACAGACAUCCUGGAAGUGCGGCAGAAGCCCAUCCUGAUGACCUAGCCGUGUGCAGAGCCUGCGCAGAGCCCCAGCCCUGCCCGGCCCUGGCGUGCUGCCAAGUGCCUACCCGUCCACCGCUACCGGCGUCUUCUGUGACAGCCCCGCGCCGGAGCCGGAGCCGGAGCCAGGCGGGGCUGCUCCCCUCCCGGGCCAGGGCCGACCCCAGGAACACCAGCCCAAACUGAAGUGCCUCUCUGUCCUCCCCCGCCGGCUCCGCUCCUGCCCACCGCCCGCACCACCCCCCCCGGGCUCCUGUCCCGAGAGCCCCCCGCACCCAGAGGGGCCCCGAGACGCCCAGAGGCUGGAAUAUGGAGGAGCAGCGGGCGUCCGGGCUGGGCCCAGGCCCACCCGCCUUGCAGACCCGCAUGGCUGCGACGCCCCGUGUCCGAUUGUCAACCCUUCCCCGAGGCAAGCUGGCUGGAGACUUGGCGACGCUGAACCGAGACCUUCAGCGCCCGCGUCGGUCCCAUGAGUCCGCCCUCCCUUGUUUACCACUUGGUUACAAACGGGGCGCCGCGGGGAGACGGAGGGUUGGCCCUGGGCUGGGAAUACCUCACCCCCGCCCGGUUCCAGAAGGGCCUCGAGCUGGGCAGACCGGCCCCGAUCCCGCCAGAAUGGCCUUUGCUUCCAGCCAAAGAGCACCACCGACACACAGCAACCCAGAGACAGCCCGCUCUGCGCCCCGGCGGCCUGAGCCCGGAACUCGGACCCUGCGGCGGGUGGGACGGCUUGGCGGCCACCUGGGACAGGUGGCAGGCGGGGGGGGGGACCCGGCCUCCGCGGGGGAAGAUUCGAGGUAGAACUGCCGUCCUCGGCGCGGGGGCUCUGGGGAGGGGACAGGGGUUCCCAGGAGCUGGCUUCCUUUGACUCGGGGGCGCUGGUCCCAUUUCUCAGACCAGCUCGCUGAGGCAGAGGCGCUGACCUCCAGGGGCUUCGUUUCAGCCGCAGGGUCCCGCCUGUGACAGAGGACACGUCGUGCUCAGAACCACGAGCCUUCCCGAGAGUGAGAGUGGAGCAGCCCCCCUGCCCCCUGGGAAUAAACUGUCAGCUGGGCCUCUGUUGCUACGUUGUUUUGUCGGAAGUCCCACGACUGUCUGAGGGUCUUGUGGUGCACGGAGGUCCUCUCCGCAGGGGACAGGGAUUGGAGGGGCUCGCUCUCCCUUCUGUUUUAUCCUGCGCGCUCCGAGGGUUUGCGCCAGGCUCUGGGGUCGGGGGCUACUUUGGGGCUUUCUCUAGAUUUUGUACGCUGUUAUUAAAGCAAGCUAUUGCAUUUCAUUCUGCCUCAGUUGGCCCACCUGUAAAAUGGGGCUGAUACCACCUACCUCACGACGUUUCCAGGGCUCCAGUGCAUGACUGGGUCAGGCAGCCGUUGAGCAUAGCUCAGGCCGGGGACGGCCUCUGUGGCUGCAUCCCCGGCCCCAUCACCCAUGUGGCGGGGCUGGGCUGGAGCGUUCUCACGUCCUCUGGCAGCCCCAGCUCGUGCUCGGCUGUACCCCAGCUGUCUGCACAAGGUCAUCUUCCAGAGCAGUGUUUUAGGACCGCGCCGAGUCCGACCUCCCUGCAAAGCGCUGGAGCAGAGCCUCAGGUCCCUGAGCAUGGCCCCGUGUCCAAGGGUGUCCUCCAGGGCAGCCCAGGGCUGGCGCCCGGCCUGCGUCCAGGGUGGCUAAAAUACAGCUGCUGCUUCAGGCAUUCUUUCUCUCUGGUCAUCUGGGGUCUGAAGACUCUGGAACUCAGGUCUUGGGAGAAAUACGGUCCCGGUGUAUCUUCCACGGAAGGAUGAGGCAGUUGAAACACAGAAGGAUGGCGGCCCUCCCUCUGUUCCCAGAGGCUGAGGAGCAUGAGAGGGUCCCCCUCGCGCCCCGGGCACGUCACACCCCUCCUCUGUCAAAUGACAAGUCACAGGGUAACAGGGCCGGUUGCAGUCUCGUGCGCAUGUGCUUUGCAGGUCUUAGAAACGUGUGCAACGGUGGUAUUUGAGGGAUGAGCCCCGGUUGUAACAGGUGCACACGAUGGCGCGGCUGCGGGGCACGCACAGGCAGCAGUGGCGCGCCGGCUCUGCGCUCCCCACGGAUGCUGUCCUCCUCCCCGAGCGACCGACGGCAGGAAUCCUGCCUGGGGGGCCACGACCCUGCUGCCCUGCGGUGGAGUCCACCCUUCUCGGUCUUUCUCUCCCGGAGGGCACUCCUGAGACUGAAUAGCAAACGUGCUUUUCUGAGAGGUACCUGGUCACUAGGCGGUGAGCUGUCCCCUCCCCCUCCCAGGUUUAUUGUUCUAGAGUGACUAGAGUGACAAAGGACGUCAGUAACUAAGAGAAAAACAGCGCCCCGGGCUCCUGGUGGGUCCUGCCUUUGCUACACCAUUCUCUUCUCAUCGGGCCAUCUUCAGUUUUUCUGGAAACGUGCCUGUCUCUCGUGUAAUGCAGGGAUGGCCAAAGCACGCGCACAUUUCUUCAGUGGGAACUGGAAUCCAAGUACAAUUUUUCUGUCAAGAAACUGCGGUGUCACUUUUUAGGACACAAAUAAGAAAGCAAGCUCCCUUUUUACGAAAAACAUCACGGUCCCAGCGUCUGAUGGGUGGUGUGUGGCCUCUCGUCCACCUCCCAGCGCCUGCAGGCUGAUGGGGCAUCUGGUCUCAUGCACCAAUGUCUUGCGGGGACUUCCAGUUGCCUAUAGAGACAUUGGAGGCCCAGUAGCUCAGAAGAAUGGCAUCUAUGUAUCAGUGACAGGGAAGGAGUCAACAGGGAACGAAAUACCCCGCCACCCAGUCGACCUGGAGAUGGCCGGGCUUUCUUUUUUUUUUUUUUUUAAAGAUUUUAUUUAUUUAUUCAUAAGAGACACAGAGAAAGAGGCAGACACGGGCAGAGGGAGAAGCAGGCUCCAUGCAGGAGUCCGAUGUGGGACUCGAUCCCAGGACCCACCCCAGGACCAUGACCUGAGCCAAAGGAGCCACCUGGGCGGCCCAUGGCUGGGCUUUCCAGAGAGUCCCACUCUGCAAGGACUGUGAACAGAUCAUCAGAUCAGGCGUCCAUUCUCCACGGAGACGCGGUCAGCGACGCGAAGGCCUGUGCCUGGUGGGAGGGCUUUUUUAAAGAAUUGAGCUAGAAGCAAACUGGAAGUUGCUGUUUGAAUCACACAGUGUCAGUCAGUAGACUUGAAAAGUCCAGUAAGAACCUUCCUUCCCACUAAGACAUCUCAGGAGGCAGGCCGCGUGCGGUUGGUAAGUUCGAACGACUGCCUUGGAGGAAUGCAUCUGACCCCGUCACCUCGUGGAGGCAUGAAGUCGUCAGCCAAGAUCCCAUAGAGAUGUCACAUGUGCAAGAGGCCAGGGUUUCCAGGAGCCCGGGUGGGUCUCGCUCUGGCACGCACGCUGGUCGGUUUUGAGAUUGAGCUACAGUGUAGUUUCAUAUCCAGUCUCUAAAGCCAAGUAUCGGUUGACAUGACACGGAUUUCUUCUGUUCGGGCUGCUUCUCACUUUGUAACCAGAAAGCAGGAUUGUCUAAAGACACCUCACCACCCCGACAGGACGCAGGCUCCCGGAGGGCAGCGAGCCCGUGCGGCCUUUAGAGGUGGUGGCAGCAGCUCCUGCGGGAGGGGAGGCACGGGCUUCUAGGUCCCAGGACCAGGGGGUGCACCCACGGCCCUUUCCCUAAGCCUCUGCCUCGAAGGGCCUGGAGAACCCCUUGGAUGCCCACCCACAGGAGCCAAGUCACCGGACACCGAGUGGGCCCGGUGUUGGAUUUGGGGCUCCAUCGCCGGUAACCCCCCCCCACCCCCACCCCGCAGCAGAGGAAGCCGCAGAUGUGCAGAGAGAGUUUGUGUUUACAGUUUUCUACCGUCCCCAACGCAAGCAGGCACCUUGAUUUUUGCGGCCCCAGGCCUUGAGCUCAGGAGAGGAGAGGUCACGGUGGCACUCCAACCCCGCCGAGCAGCUGGAAGCAUCCGGUCAGAAGGCCGGGCGGGUGAGGUGUACAUAGCGCUCGCUCACGGGUUCCAAGUGGACUCUCCGUGGGAGAACAAUCAAACCUGCAAAGAAAGCCUGUUGAGAUUUUUCACGACUUUGAGGCUUAACUAAAGUGAUUUCUACAAAAUAUAUUUUAGCAGAAACACCACGAUGGCAUAACUGAACACGUCAUGAUCUAAUUGUCGGUGGUAUUUGCAUAAACACAAGCAGCUUCUGGGUUCACCGUCUUCCACGUACAGAAACCAUUUCUGAGCAGCGUUCGGUUGGCUGUGAGCUGUGCUUUAUGGUUUUGCAUUUCUGUUGAAAGUUGAUUUGCAUGUUGGAUAUUAAAUUUAUUUUUCCUCCGUGUUUUCCUCUAAUGAAUCUGUACUUUGUUUUUUCUUUACUGGGUAUUUCAGAGCAAAUACAGAUGUUACAGCAAUGCAUAAAUGUGGUGAUUGAACCUUAAUUUGCCCCCAAAGAUUUCUUCUUCGACUGUUUUUAGAGCUUUUCACACGAGUUCCUUUCUAGAAAUGCUGGAGAUGGACAGAAACCGCCCCAGGCCCUGGCUCCAGCCACACUAGGAGUCAGGCACGGGGUCGGGGGCCCAAGGCCCAGGGUUUGGUCUGAGGCAGUAUUUGCAAAAUCCGAUCAAUAUGGACGCAUUUCAGGGUUAGCUCCCAGUCCUUGUAAAGCAGUACAUGCCUCCUGGUCACACUGUCAGAUUUCCCAAGCUUUUUUUGGAAAACCUCUAAAAAGGCCUCAUGGCAAUGGGAAAAUGCCUAGGAUCAGAGUCAGGAGUCCUGAGAUCAAGUGUAGACAGAUGGUUUUGAGACUAGCUAAUCCAGCUGAUGCGGCUUGCACACAUGCACGUUCUUCUAGCUGACUCCACUUUCCCGAGGCAGAUGCAGGCCCGUCGCAGCCUCCAGGGCUCGGCAGUGGGCUCGCCCUUCCCACAAGCAAACCAACUCUUAAAAGUUGCGUCUCAGGUGAGGAGCCCGUGUCCGGCCUCUGCUGUGUGGCAGGAAGUGCCAGGAAGUGAAAGCACAGAAGGGGGGGUCUGAGAGGAACAUUUAUGCAAAUUGAGAAAUAUGGUGAGAAUCAUCCCAUUGAUGACACCUCUUCCAUUAGAGGUCAUUGCAUUAGAAGCAUCCGAACCAGAAGUUUCUGAAGCGGCAUCACCAGGGGCAGACCGCAUGAGGGCGUGGUUAGCGAGUGGGCAAUCUGGUAGGUUAAAAAAAAGACAUCCUUGUUGCCUAUCCAGGUCAGACCCCCUUCUCAUUAAAGAGGUAGGAGGAGGCCCCUUUAAAACAGUUGCCUGAAAAGUUUUUAAUAAAGCUAUUUGUUAUGAAAGCUGUCCUGGAAGCUGCUGCAAGAACCUCAUCCUGUGAGCGGCCUUCUGAAGGCUAACGUUGCUCUUUCGGUCCUUCUUUUCCAUCCCAGAUGAACUUUUAGGAACUACCGUCACGCCCCAGCUUUAGAAAAACAUGUUGACUGGAAGAGAAAACCUUUGGGAAUUUUAUAUUGGGAGGAGGGGAAGAUGUGAAAUAAACUAAUCCGUACACUAUCCUCGUUCAUUGUAUAUAUACACGCUGAAUGGACAAACAUGCUCUACUUUGUGCUUGACUGUUAAGAUGACAGGAGGACAGCUGGGAAAUUCAUACGAGAAGGGAAGAUGUUUGUUUUGGGGGAUGAUUCAACAAAAGACGUCCUUUCUUUUGCUCACAGCUUCCCUGAGCCCCUCCUGACUUGGCCUCCACAUAAGUCAACAAGUUUAACAAGAUAUUUCUUUUCCUAUGUGUGGAUUAAGGGUCUUUCAUCUUGGAAUCUGACUUUAAUAAAACAAUUAGAUUAUGCUGCA